AUGUUCUUUCACCGACGACUACAGUCCUCAACCACCUCCACUCUGCCAUCGACGAGGACGUCGUCGACAUGGUUCUCGCCAGCAACCAGACCACGCGAGUUGUGGCUCGCCAUCGACGAUCUCUUCUCUGCCAACAAGGCGAGCAAGGCGAUGUACCUCGACCACGACUUCCGCCAACUCGCACAGGGCUCCUCCUCGAUCACCGAGUACUGCCGUAGUCAGAAGAACCUCUCCGACGCACUCGCCAAUAACGAGUCUCAUGUCACAGCCCGCGCCCUCGUCCUCAACACCUUGCGUGGGCUCUCCCCUCCGUUCGCCUCUGGUGCCACCGUCAUCUCCAUGACCGACCUGAUGCCUUCCUUCUUCCGCACACGGAGCAUGCUCCUCAUGGAAGAGAUUCAGCAGGUGAACGCUGCUGCCACCGCCGCAUCCACCGCCCUCGUUACCCAGACGUGCCCUGCUGCUCCGCCCUGCACUGGCAGCUCCUGCUAUGGUGACUCCACCAACUCCAGCUGCCCUCGCAAGCAGAAGACCAAGCAGGGUGGCCGACCGGGCACCACUCUGUCCCUGGCUUCAACAAGCUAG